AUGGCCGCCGUCGCGGAGCGCCGCCGGAGCUGGGACGCGCUGAUGGACGGCGUCCACCUCAUGAAGGCGCUCACGCGCGUGCAGCGGCAGCAGCUGUCGUGCCUUCUCGAGACGAAGGAGUGCGAGGUCGGGGAGGUUCUCGGCGCGGAGGACGAGCCCGGGGACCGGAUGUGGAUGGUGCUGCAGGCGCGUUUGUUUUUUUUCACACUGGGCUCAGUGACGGCGACGACGCCGCUCGUGGGCGGCGGCGACGCGGUCGUCGCGACGUACGGCCCCGGCGGGCACUUCGCCGCGGCGUGUCUGAUCGACGACGCGACGCGGUACGAGGCGACGGCGACGGUCGCGGAGGAGGAGACGGACGUCGCGUUCGUGGACGCGGAGACGUUUCGCGACGCGUUCGCGCGGUCGGACGCGACGUGGGGGUUUCUGGACGCGAGGGCGAGGCAGAUCGCGGCGGCGGCGGAGUACCGGCCGCUCGCGGUGCCGCGGACGCCGUCGCCGCGGAAGGACGACGGCGCGGUCGACGGGCGGGACCCUGGGGCGGGGGCGGGCGCGUCGCGAACGCCGCUGAUCGUUCGCAUCCACGCCGACGGCUCCACCGUCGCGGGGCAGCUUCGAGCGCCCUACGUCGUCCCGGGGGGCGACGACGACGACGACGACGACGGCGACGACGAGACGCGGCGUCGGCGUCGGGAAGCGUCGCACCAGAAACACGCGGUCGCGUCGGACGACGAGCUCACGACCGAGUCGGAUUCGGACGACGAAAAGACGCGGCUCGCGUCCGGCGAGGAGACGCCGCGGGAGAAACGCGUCGGCCUCGCGGAGGAUGUCAACGGCGACGUCGUGUUCCAGCCGAGGAAGGAGAAGAGGAUGAAGAAACGGCCGCCGUUGGGGCCGACGCCGCGCGGGGAAGAGCGACUCGCGAGGAUACUCGACGCGUUCGAGGCGCGUAUUCCUCACACUGGUCCCCGUACGACCGCGUCGGCGUGGUGA